UCAGGAAAUGACCAAGCACCUGGACUUUUUUACAUGGGCUUUGAGGAGUGGAGAUUCCAGAGAGUUCUCUCCACUUGUGGCAUAUUUACAGGGUCGAGGGACACACAUCGUGCAGGUGAUGGGCAGGUAUGUGGACCAAGAUCGAGAUCCUAUUUUCCGGAAUGGCCUGAGAGUCUUGAUCCAGCAGCUGGAGCAAUCCUCCCGGGUCCUGGGUGCAGCUGGGGAGCACUGUUCAGGUGGGCACGGCUCUCAGGACACAGAUGCACUAUUAACCUUGGCGAAACAUGUGAUCUCUUCAGCUCAGAGCAUCCGAGAGGGGCUGGAUGGAACUAACCACCCAGAUAUCCUCAGUCCCCUUCGGGACCAAGUCCAGAGGUUUGACAUGGCUGAGAGACGGCCUUAUUUCAUUCUCUCCAGCCUCCAGGAUUGCACAGCUCCUGCACUGAAACACCAAAGGGAGCCUGGGCUGGGGAAAAGCGACCGAGGCACCUCCUAUCCACCUAGGGAUCAUCUUUUUUGCCCCUUGAUUCUUGACACCGGUCUACAGAAGGUGGGCUCUCCACUCCCUGCCAUCAGCAAACCCAUGCUUACUGUAGACAGCCUGAGCCACCAGGGAGUGACCUCAGCUCACACCAUCCUGCAGGACCAGGAUGCAGCUGUGGAGGCAGCUCAGGAGGCCCUGGCUGGAGAGGGACCACUGGCGUCAGAGAGGAUGACUGGACUGCAAGAAAUCCCAUCACUGGCACCUUCUAUUAUUGACCUAGCAAGGGAGAUAGAACAUUGCACAACUGCUAGAACUGAUGGGCUUCUGGAAGUGGCUCUCCAACUGUCUGGGAAGACCAGGGAAACCAGGCAAAGUUUGGUAGCCAGAGCUGGUGACUGGUAUUCUCUGUGUCAACAGCUGUUUUGCAACAAGCCAGCAGCUGAUCUUCAAGAGAACAUGACAGUGUUCAUGGAGCUUCAGCAGAACUUAGCCUCAGUGGUUCAACUAGCAGUCAAAAGUGGACCCAUGGAUUCGGGUAAGAAGGAUUCUGACUCAACUGGGCAUCCAGAAGCACAUUUACAAGUGCAAGGCAGAUUGGAGGAGGCGGAGACCCACGCCAAACAGCUUUUGGACAAAGUUCUGGCCUCUGAUGGUUUCCAAGCCCCCGGGUCGUGGGAGGAGAGCAUUGAGGAUGGGUGCCUUCUGUGGUCAGUGGCUGUCCAAGACCUGCUCCAGUGCCUGGAGAGGCUCAGCGGGAGACAAGGCCUGUUCCUACUGCCCCUGCGACAGGCUGUGAAGGACCAGCAGGGACUGCAGGAAGGGUUGGCUCAGGCAGCAGAUGUUUCUCAAAGGCUACAAGAGGCUGCUAGGCUGUCUUGUCUUCUGUGUGGGGAUGAGCAGCUGAAGGGUGAGAUCUCCUUUCUGUGCAGGGAGGUUCAUGUGCUCACGGAUGCUCUGCUGGAUGUGGCACAGAUCCUGGCCUCCUUCCCCAAAGCAUCUCCCAGCCUGUCCACCCGCUUUGAACUUCUCUGCUUGGAGCUCACCCUUCAAGCCAAGGCCCUGACUGGCCACCUCAGCAGCAUCAAUGCAGACUAUGAACGUGUCCUCCAAGGUGCCUUCUGCCCAAGGCUCUCUGUCUGCAAAGACCCCCAGACCCGGCCAGAAGGCUCUCUGCAAAGAAUGGUGUCUGGUAUCCAAGCUGUGCAGGGAAUUGUGGCUGGAGGUCAGGAGACUGGGCCCUGCCAGGAAGACCUUCUCAUGGCUCUGGAGAGCAUUCUCGUCCUCACCAAGGAGGUGGCCCAGCGGGUCCCUGUGCUCCGAGAGUGCCCAGAGGGCUGGCUUCAGCAGGAGUGGGCAGCCAAGGCCCACCAUGCUGUGGCCCAGCUCCAGGCCUGGAAAGGUGGUCACACCAAGGCUUGGAGACUCCUGGCCCAGUGCUUGAAGCCCAGUGAUGAAGAGGACCCCACCCAGCCCCAGCUCCACCGUGGGGAGGGUGCAUCAGGAGCCGCUGAAGCCAGCCAUGUAGAUUCUCAGGGUGCUGCUCCAAGAGACACCGCAGGGAGCUCAGUGGGGACCUGCACUGCUGACCCAGGCAUCACCGGGACAGUCGCGGACCUGGGCAUGCACCAGCAUAGCGGCACCCCUGGCGGCUCCCCCGGCUGUCCAGCCUGGCCACACACUGAGGUGGACCUGCCUCUCCCAGAGGAUGGCAGCGUGAACAGUGGGAACAGAAUCACCCAGGUUACCCAGGAGAUGGCCAAGGAGGUGUUCCUGAUGGCUCAGAGUCUGAGGAGGAGAGGAUGCAUCUUGACCAAAGAACAGCUCAUUACCUCUGCCAGGAAAAUUGCGACUUCCGGACAAAACUUCGCCAGACUUAUCCGCAUCAUGGCUAAGAACUGUGUAGACCAAAGAUGUUCCCAGGAGCUUCUGUAUAUGGUAGAGCAGAUUCAGACAAUGAGCAGCCAGCUCCGCGUCAUCUCCAGUGUAAAGGCCUCCUUGGCAAGAAGCAAGUCCUCUGAAGAGCUCCUGGUGGAAAAUGCACAGCGGCUCCUCCAUGCUGUCUCUAAGACUGUGAGGGCUGCAGAAGCCGCCAGUCUCCGGGGUUUGAGACAGCCUUCCCCAGAUCCGGAGGAACUGGAAGUUGCUGCCUUCUGCAUGCAGUGGAGAAGAAAAUUGCGAAGGCACAGACUUCAAGAAACCUCAGACCCGGACCGUGAUGAGCUGGGCCUCCGAAAAACAAGCACUAAAGGGCCCCCGACACUCGUGGCCCUGGUUCAAGAAGCGUUAUAAAAGCUGAGCAAUAUUCUCCAAGUCAGACUCUCUGUUGAUGUGUGCACUGGCCCUGAGACUCUGGCAGCCCCUGGAAAGUGCCUUUUAGGCCGAAUCAGCCUGUGGGGACACAGGGGGACAUGGUGGGUUGGGUGGGUGCAGGGUAGCCAGGGCUGGGCGUUGAGCAGAGCUAUCCUGACAGCAUUCCCAGUCAAGGGGACAGCUCUGGGCCCCUGGUGAGACUGCUAUCUUCCUGGGAAGGAUACUUAGCUUUCUGGGUUUAGAAGGAACAUCACACAUAGACCGGGAAAGGAUGGGGAAAAAAACACCCAAGUCCUAUUAGCUUAAGCCUUUUUUAAGAU